AUUCCUCUGAGGCUUGGUCCCUCGCUCCCCUCUGGGAGGUAUCAGUCUGCAGCAAGUUCCAGCGCAAAGCCGAGCCAUCUCCAGAGACUGAACCAAGAGCAGCCAUGUCUGAUCCAGAUCAGCCAUCUGAUCUCGGAGCAGGACCAGAAGCAACAGAAUCUUCCGGAGGCCCUCCUGAACAACCCCCAGAUUUGACCAGUAACCGCCGCUUGAACCAUGCUCAAGCAGAAGUGAACCAAGUGGUGGACAUUUUGCAUGAUAACAUGACCAAAGUCAUCGAACGAGAUGUCAUGAUAAGCAGCUUGGAUGACAAAGCGGACUCUCUCCAUGAGAGUGCCAAGAUGUUUGAAAACAGUACGACUGCUCUUGCGAGGAAAUACUGGUGCCAGAACAUGAAGAUGAUGAUUAUUUUGGGAGUGAUCUGUGCUAUUGCGGUCAUUGCAAUUGCAGUCUACUUUUUUACCUGAGAUUCCAUCCUUGUUCUUCCAUCUGCAUCUUCCCAUCCUCCUAUUCUUCAUCCACAUCUCCCCCCACGUAACAUACUUUCAUUCUGGCUUGAUCAUCUGGUUUUCCUUCCACAGGUGACUUUACCCACACUCUCCCCCCAACUUCCUUUUCACCUUUUCAUCAGCUACGGCAGCCCCUGGCAGGAUCCGUUCAGCUGGGUUGAUGUGUUGGAUUUAAUAGUGGGGACACUGGCAUCGGGUCCAUGCCUUUAAGGAUAGUAACUGGGGGAUUGGUUGGCCAGCUAGGCCAUUGCUGUCUGUUCCUUUUGUAAGGGAACUGGAAGAAGGUUUCACUGGUGCAGAGAGCUUCCAUCUGUGGUGUAGCUGAAGCAACGAAUCGGGAUCCCAGCAGUGGCCCCUAAAGAAGACUCCAGUAUUAUGUGCUGUAAAAUAAUUAAUUUGAUCCAUUGACAUGCUACUGUUCAAGGUAGUGUACAGUUCCAAAGGACAUCUACAAUAUGUUACACGCCACACAAAAGGAAGAGGGAAGAGAAAAGCGAGGGCAUUUAGUCAUUAACACUUGGAUAGCUUUUCUGACUUCCUUGAUGACUAGAGGGAAUCUUCUUCAGAGGGUGGUUCUGGGAGGGCGCUGAGUCCAACGGCACUUGGACCAAAGCACACUGAUGGUGGGGCUCACUGUCUCACUUCUCCCUGAGAUGUGGCAAGUGGAUUGGGUGCCAAGUUGGAUUUUUCUCCUCUGCGUAACCAUUCUGCCUUGCCUCUCUAUUUGUGUGGCAACAGUUGGUCCUACAAGUGUGUGGGUGUGUAGAGUGGGAAGAGUUUGGAGCUUGUCUGCUCCUAGAGGCUUAUUGACACUUGAUCACUGGGAUAUGUGGGAGUUACUGUUCUUUUCUGGGAAGUCUGAGAUUCCAUCCCUGUUCUUCCAUCUUGUGGGAUAGACCAGGUCUGGAGAUUUUCUCCCCCUUCGGUAGUGUGGCUUGGUUGUAUUACAGUGGGUAGAUCUUAGAUAACAAAUGAGCAAAGACAGAUGCUGCUACCUGAGUAGUUGCAUCUGGAUCUGGGCCUCUUCUCCUUGUUUUAAUCUGCCUUUGUGCCAUGAACUAGCUCACAGACUGUGAAUUAACUGGUUCAGGUGGCAUUUGCAUUCCCAGGACUGGUCCCAAGAAGAGAUAAGAACAUGACCCAUCUCUUGAUUUCUUGAAUACAGGAAGCAGCAAAUGACCAAAUGCUGAUUCUGUGUUUCUUUGAAUGGGAGAUGUUCUCUCGGCCGUGCAAGAAUCGAGUCUCUCUGAAAGAUUAAUCCACAGACCGGGACACCCCAAAUAAAUGCACCUUGUUCAGUCCGGUUAUUUUUCUAUUUAAACUAGAAAUUGAUGGCCCCUUUCCCCCUCUCACUUAGGAUACAAUCCUGGGCAGAAAAUAAUAUCUGAGUCUGCUUUGGUUUUAGUAAGAAUAAGGCAGUGUUAGAGGUGGGAGAGUUGGGUUUUCAAGAACGCCUUUCCAGGGACAAUUUUGCAAGCACUUGUUAUGCACCUUGGAGUUGGAUUCUUGAAUGAUCUCCAUCCAAGUGCAUUGGAUCACAUGGGUCUGUUCAAUGAAUGGUGGCAUUUCCCCCCAGUGCUAGGGGAUUUAGGCAAGGACCUGAAUUAGGCAAGGACUCUGAGCUCUGGGGGAAAGUACCAGAGUUGGUGCAGUGGACUUGCAAGAUCCACCCUGAUUGCCAUCAGAGGAUAUCAAAGCUCCAUUGGGUCUGAUAUUGCUCUCCCAAGUGGGUCAUCCUCUGAAAAUGUUCAAUGAUGAGCAUGCGUGAACUUACCUAUGCAAUGCCCGGCUAUGAAAAAGUCUAUGGGUUGGAUCCUACCAGCCUUUCUGCUACGUCUCUCCUGAUUCCUCCUCCCCGCUCAAUGUGCUUUUUAUCCCACAAUCCCUAACGUAGACUUUUAAAUGAUCUGCUCUCCCUCCGUUGCCAGUGGAAAAGCCAGUUGGAUCCAGCCCAAUGCUUCCAGCUGAAAGGAGCAUGGGUGUGGUUGUGCGUGUGGCUGUGCGCUUGGAAGAAUGGAGCUGGGGUGGGGAAGACUGGUCAUUGAAUGUCCUGGGAAGAGUCCUGGAGGGACGCUGCCCUGGGGGAGUUGCUGGCAGUCUGGAGCAAGGAGAGCUCAGCCACCGUAGUUCUGCCAGGGCUGCUCACAUCAUUCCAUGCUGUGCUGAGUGGCAGGAAAAGGGAGCUAAGUGAUGUAGCCUGAGAAAAUGUCAGCUGGAUGCACAAACUUCUUGCCAUGAAGCCAAGUAGGGUCUGAAAGGAGAAAGAGAAACAUACCAGGACCGAGAGGGAAAGAGGAUACCACUGGUGGCUGUGCUGGGAAGGGUCUCUGCUUUCCCCUGCCGCAUAAAGAGUCAUGCACAUUUCCUGCCAUGAGCCAGCAUUUUGUUUGCUUAGAUUCCGCCACCUUGCAGUUUCCUGUCUUUCCCCACUUCAAGGGACAACAGAGAGAGCUGGGAAUGAAGCUGCUGUCUUCAAUUUGAAGUGGCCAUUUUCUCUCAGCUCACUGGAGGGAUGGACAUUAGCCAGCUCCAAGGCCAGAUGAAGAUGGGAUCAACAGUCUUUUUCAAUACAUGGGCCCCUGAAUCUCUCCUGGAUAAAGAUCGUAUCUUCUGCCAGCUCUGUUGUUUCUUGCUGGUUCUCUUGGGUGUGUUCUUUUCCAUUCUCUGCUGCUCUUUAUGCAUGGGCCAAAAUGUGUCUAGCUCUCAGGCACUCUGCCUUCUAAGCAAGCGUAUGCUCAUCGGCCCACCUGCUCUCUUGCACACAACUAUAGGUAUAAGCUUCACUGGUCCUGGGAAACAACCAUCCUGAGCUUUUCUGAUAAACACUUCUGUAUCCCUUGA